AUGAAGAAAAUAAAGAAUAAACGGUCGUUGGCAGACUUGUCUUCAAACAAGGAUGAACGAAAGCCACAGAGAAAACGCAGCAAAUCUGUUCCACCACCGUCGUCGCGGUCUGAAGACGAGGAUGAACCUUACGAAUAUGAGGCAAUGGAGGAGCAACAGACGGAAGACACAACCACGGAAAACACGAUCACGGAAGGGGGACCUAUAGAGAGCAGUACGAACAGUGACUCGGUUGCGCAUGGUUCCAAUACAACAACAAUGAAUCCAGCUGCCACUAAUUCAAAUCUCGCCUCACCGAACCCUUUACAGCGCUCGCAGACCCACGCCACGCAUUCGUUAGAUUCUUACAAAGCACCCAAGAACACUGAUGUUUAUCUUGUACCUCGAACUCCACGCAUUCCAAAGACACCCACAGAAAAAGAGAAUACGCGCCGGCUUAUUGUUGUACUUUCGCGGGCGAGUUUAGAGACAUUUAAAUCAAGGAAAAAUAAUACAUAUCAAUUGUUAAAUUGUGACGAUCACUACGCUUAUCUGGAUAAAAUGGGAAAGACGUUUUCUGAUGCCAGGCCGGAUAUUACACAUCAGUGCCUUAUGCAGCUUCUUGACAGUCCUCUAAACAAGGCUGGUUUGUUACAAGUCUACAUCCACACGGCAAGAAAUGUACUAAUUGAAGUGAAUCCUCAUGUGAGAAUUCCAAGAACGUUUAAGCGUUUUUGUGGGCUAAUGGUCCAACUAUUACACAAGUUGUGUAUUACGUCUGAGAACAAUUCCGUGAAAUUACUUCGCGUUGUCAAGAAUCCUGUUACACAAUAUCUCCCAAUAGCAUGCAGGAAACUGACUCUUUCGUACGACGCUCCCACAGUUCGUCUAAAAGAUUAUCUUCCAACAAUUCCGCCAGAUCAUUCUAUAUGUGUAGCCAUAGGAGCAAUGGCUCAUGGAGAAGACAAUUUUGCGGACGAUUGGGUAGAUGAAAAGAUCGGUAUAUCAGAGUACUCAUUAUCUGCUGCAGUGGCAUGUUCUAAAUUCUGUUGUGCAUUGGAGGACUUGUGGGGUAUUCUUUAA